GACGCUCGCCGGUGUCCUUAGUUCACACGUGGCGUCGGUGGAGGCACAUUGUAGCUACUACCUCUCCCGCCACAGCCGUUACGAUCUCCAUCCAGUAUGAAGCGUCCGAAGUUAAAGAAAGCAAGUAAACGCAUGACCUGCCAUAAGCGGUAUAAGAUCCAAAAAAAGGUUCGAGAACACCAUCGAAAAUUGAGGAAGGAGGCUAAGAAACGGGGCCACAAGAAGCCUAGGAAAGACCUGGGAGUUCCAAACAGUGCUCCCUUUAAGGAGGCUCUUCUUCGGGAAGCUGAGCUAAGGAAACAGCGGCUUGAAGAACUAAAACAGCAGCAGAAACUUGACAGGCAGAAAGAACAGGAAAAGAAAAGAAAACUUGACACUAACUCUGGUAUUGAGCCAUCUAAUGUGGAACCUGUGAAGGAGGAAUUUGGGCAAUGCAACGCUAAGAACAAAGCCAAGUCGGGCAAACAGAAUCCAAAGAAGCUGUAUUGUCAGGAACUUAAAAAGGUGAUUGAAGCCUCAGAUGUUGUGCUGGAAGUGUUGGAUGCCAGAGAUCCUCUUGGUUGCCGGUGUCCCCAGGUAGAAGAGGCCAUUGUCCAGGAUGGACAGAAAAAGCUGGUACUUGUAUUAAAUAAAUCAGAUUUGGUACCAAAGGAAAAUCUGGAGAACUGGCUGAAUUAUUUGAAGAAGGAAUUGCCAACAGUGGUGUUCAAAGCCUCAACAAAUCUGAAGGGUAAAGGGAAGAUAACCAAGGUAAAGAGGAAAGCUGCUCCAUUCAAAAGUGAAGUCUGCAUUGGGAAAGAAGGUCUUCGGAAGCUUCUUAGAAGUUUUCAGGAGACUUUGGACAAAGCUAUUCAGGUUGGAGUAAUUGGUUUCCCAAACGUGGGGAAAAGCAGUAUCAUCAAUAGCUUAAAACAAGAACGGAUAUGUAAUGUCGGUGUAUCCAUGGGGCUUACGAGGAGCAUGCAGGUUGUCCCCCUGGACAAACAAAUCACAAUCAUAGAUGGCCCAAGUUUCAUUGUGUCUCCACUUAACUCUCCCACUGCACUUGCUCUGAGAAGUCCAACAAGCAUUGAAGUACUAAAACCAGUAGAGGCUGCCAGUGCCAUCCUGUCCCAGGCUGACACGCGACAGGUAGUACUGAAAUUCACUGUCCCAGACUUUAAGAGUUCUCUGGAAUUUUUUACUUUGCUUGCACAGAGAAGAGGACUCCACCAAAAAGGUGGAAGCCCAAAUGUAGAAGUUGCUGCCAAACUGCUGUGGUCUGAGUGGACAGGUGGCUCCUUAGGUUACUAUUGCCAUCCCCCUGCAUCCUGGACUCUUCCUUCACAUUUUAAUGAGAGCAUUGUGAUGGACAUGAAGUGGGGCUUUAAUCUGGAAGAACUAGAAAAGAACAAUGCACACAGCAUACAAGCCAUCAGGGGCCCUCGUUUAGCCAAUAGCAUCCUUUUCCAGUCCUCCGGUCUGACAAAUGGAAUAAUAGAGGAAACGGACAUACCUGAAGAAUUGCCAAAACAAAAAGAGAGGAAGCAGGAAGUGGGGGAGGACUAUGCAGACAUGGAUAAUGACCAGGAAAGCGUUGAUGAAGAAGCCAGUGAAAAGAGCUCAGAUAUGUCCCCUGUAAAAGAGGCCUGGGAGGUACUGCAUGAGGAGUCUCAAGCAGAUGAACAGUCUGCACGAUGUUAUGUCUUGGAUAAAAUGACUGAAGAGGAAGAUGAUGCUUAUGACUUUAGUAUAGACUAUGUGUAACAACUUUGUCCUCUUAAAAGGUUUUUUUUUUUAACAUUUUGAACAGACUCCUAUGCUGUUCUACAUAUGAUGUACCAGUUCGUUUCCCGUGUGACAUAAGCUGUAAAUUUUGUAAAUAUGUAUAUGAUAACAUUGAUUAAAAAAAAAAUCAGGCAAUGUA